AUGGCUGAAAUGAGUUCUUUUGCAUCCCAAUUAUACUCUCCCCAGGCAGAUCCUUAUUUAGCUUCUGAUGAUGAAAUACCCACUGUUAAUUACUCUCUACUCUUCUCUAACAACUCUGAUCAUCGAUCCCAUGCCCUUGAAUGCCUCCGCAAAGCAUGCCAAGAAUAUGGCUUCUUUUAUUUGGUAAACCAUACCAUCCCAGAUAGAACAUUUGACAGUGUAUUAAAGGGAGUUUCUGACUUCUUUGACCAAACAACGUUAGAUGAGAGAAGUAUCUACAGCAAAAAAUGCCCAUCAGAUAAAAUUCGUUGGGAACUAAACUCGUCUGCUGGGGAAAAUAGGGAAUAUCUCAAGGUUGUUGCGCAUCCCCAGCACUAUUUUCCUUCCAACCCUUCUGGUUUCAGCAAAAUUUUGGAAGAAUAUGGCAGAGAAAUGAGAAUGGUAGUAAGUGGAUUAGCAAGGGCCAUGUCUACAACCUUAGGGUUUGAAGAACACUUCAUAGAGAAGGCGUUUAACUUGAAAUCAGGGUUUGAUGUAAUGGCGAUGAACCUUUAUCCACCAAAUGCCAAAUCCAAAGGAGCUGUUGGUUUAUCUGAACACACUGACCCUGGCUUUAUAAUUACACUUGUGCAAGAAAUAGAUGGUGGUCUCCAAAUCCUAACCCACAAAGGAAAAUGGAUUAAUGUUUAUAUUCCCCAUCAUGCCAUACUUAUUCAGCUUGGUGAUCAUCUUGAGAUCUUAACGAAUGGGAAGUACAAGAGUCAUAUCCAUCGAGUGAUUGUUGGUAAGAAUGAAGUGCAAAGGAUCUCUGUGGUUGGUGUUCAUGGACCUUCAUUGAACAAACUCAUUAGCCCAAGCAUAGAAUUUGUUGAUGAAGAACACUCACAAAAGUAUCGUGGAAUGACCUAUAAAGAAUCCUUGGAAGCAAAUGGAGAUGAUGAGGUCGAUGUUCAAUCUUCACUUGAGCAAGUUAGAGUCGUGUGA